AAAAAAAAAUUUUUUUCUUCGAGCAAUUAAUAAUGGACUCAGAUACAGACAAUUCGAUUAUAGUUGAGAAUAAGAAUCCUACGAUAGAUUUUAAAUGGGUCGAAAAAGCUAUCAACGCAUUAUUAAAACAUGAAGUAGCUCAGCCAAAGAAAGUAAAUAAUGAUCUGUUAUUAGCUGAUCAACCAGUAACUAUUUGGCUUACUGUAACAACAUUCAAAUUUUCUAAUAAACCCAAACUUAAACCCGUGAGCAUUCCGUUAAAACAUCCUUUAUACGGACCUUCAACAGAAAUUUGUUUAAUUACCAAAGAUCCGCAAAGAAUAUAUAAAGAGUGGGUUACAAACCAUAAAGUUAAACGUAUUCAAAAGGUAAUUGGAGUAUCUAAACUUCGUAAAAAAUAUAUACCAUAUGAAGCCAAAAGAAAAUUAUGUGAUUCGUAUGACUUAUUCUUGGCGGAUGAACGCGUUUUACCCCUUCUUCCAAAAAUGUUGGGGAAAUAUUUCUUCGGAAAGAAAAAACAGCCAGUCCCAGUGAACAUAAGUAAGGAAACAAAUUUCAAAAAAGAAAUUCUCAAAGCCUGUCAUUGUACCUAUAUGCACUAUAGUUCAGGAGUAUGUUUAUCCAUUAAAAUAGGCACAACAGAGAUGACAUCAGACCAACUUUUAGAAAAUUUAGAAAUGGCCAUACCAGUAAUUAUAGAUAAAAUACCAAGAAAAUGGAAGAAUAUUCAAUCUUUAUAUAUAAAGACGCCAGAAUCUACUAGUUUACCUAUAUAUAAUCGUUUGCCAGAUUUACCUAUUGAAAUUCCUAAAGAUAUAAAAAUAAAAACUUCUGAAACUAAAAUUAGUGGUGGAGAGAGUGAGAAUGAAGGUGAAAAUGAAGAUGAAAUGGACGAGGAUGAUGAGGAUUACAAUAGUGAAGAAGAUGAUGAGAAGAAUAAUGAAAAUAAGAUGAAAAAUGACAAAGAUGAUGAUAAUAUGGAUGAAGACAAGGAGGAUGAGAAAGAUAAUGAAAAUAAGAUGGAAAAUGAUGAUAGUACGGAUGAAGAUGAGGAAGAUGAGAAAGAUGAUGAAAAUAAGAAAAAUGACGAUAGUACGGAUGAAGAUGAAGAGGACAAUACAAAUAAGAAAAAAGAGGAGGAAAAGCCGGUUAAAAAGAGGAAAAUCUCAAAGGAAACUGGUGGUGUAAUAUUUGGCUAUGCUGUUCCUAAAAGUAAUAAGAAUCCACAGGUGAAAAACGGUCCUAACAAAAAAGACAAGGGAGAUGUUUACAAAAGAGAAGAAUCCAGUAGUUUUGCUAAUACGGAAGUUACAGUCAAAGCCAAGAAAAGUAAUAUGAAAAAAGUGAGAGGGAAAGCUAAUGGUGCUAUAAAAGAAGAUAUUACGGGAGACCCUAAAAAAGCAAAUGUUAAUUAUAUUAAUAAGGACGAAGAAUCAAAUAAUAGCCAAGCAAAUUCAACUAUAAAUAAACGAAAUAAAUCAUCCAAUAUUAUGACUACAGAUAUAAGUGAAGAAGGUAAGAAUGAUCUUUUGAAUAAAAAGAUAUCAAGCUUUAUUGCUGAGCAGAAAAAAAAAACGAUGGAACAGAAAAAGGUAGAUUCUAGCAAAAGCGUUAAUAAUGAAGCUUCAAAAUCUGCUGCUAAUUUCGGAAACAAGAAAGUAAAGAAGAAUGUACCAGAAAAGGAUACCAACAAAACAAAUGUUAAAUCUGUUGGUAAUUCUGGGAAAUCUGAAAAAAAGGACAAGAAAGAUGAUAAAAGUGUUAGUUCCGGAAAAAAGAAUAUACUUGAUAACAAGAAAGGGGGACAAAAAAAAAUUGAUGCUGAUUUGGCAAGCAAUAAUAAGCAAACUUUUCUUAAGAGAAAGAGAGAAACUUCUGGUCAUAAUAAGCCUAAUAAGGAAAGUGUUAAAAUAAAUAAUAGUGCCAAAAAGAACAAAAAGAAAUAAAUAAUUAAAUUAUUAGAAUGUAACGUUGAUAGAAUAUGCAGAAUAUGACAUAGUGAAUAUUUAUUAUCUUAAAGAGUUUUAAUUUAAUAGUAUAUCGUUGCGCUUUAAUAAAAUUUAAAUUUUUGAUAGUUACAAUCGGGAUAAAAAUGAAUCGUGUAAACUUACCCGUUAUCUAAUCAAUAAUCAUCUUGAUCGGCAGAAUGUGGAUGAUAAUCUUAUCUUACCAAAUAAAGCUGAUAACAUAUAAAUCCAUCCUUCUAGACUUC